GAACGACAAUGGUAGGUACUGUGAGGGGCUAUGUGGGUUCUUUCGAGAUCAGUUGAGCAAUCUGAAUAGGUCAUGGUAUUCGAGGAACCGAUCUCUGCGCACUGGUGUGCACCGCCGCAGGUGACAUCAGUCAAAAAUUCAACUGAAUAACCCUCGCUAGCAACCUCCAAGGACGACUUGUUCAAUUCCCAAGGGUACAAGUACAACGGAUGGGGAGGAGACAGUUUACUUUGCCUGUCCAAGCUAUCCAGAAUCACCAUCGAAAGCCGAAACAAUACUUCGUGGAACACUUACCGAAAAAUCGUCACUGUGCGCCGCCCGUAGGCAACAAGUGGACUGACGUGCAUGGUAGAACGGACACGUCGAGUUCCAAGGACGGGUGUCGUCGAAGAAGUGCCUUCCUGGGACCAUCGUGACCGUGCAAAACUUGUUUGGCAACAUCCCCGCACGCCAGCGGCAACUGCUUGGAAAUCCACUCGUCCGAGCCAAACUUCUCUCAAGCGUUCGACUCUUCUGUCUUCGUCUUGGCCUCGUGCGCACAAACGUUGCGUUUGAAGUCAUUGACAAGCGUAGCGUUUGCAUUUGACCUAUUCUGUCAAAAAUGGAACCACCUACUCACCAUGUUCAAGAGAGCACCGUCAAUAGCUUUCGCCUGGGCGCAUCGUUCGAUCCCCGGCAGCAGUUGGCAAGUUUGGGCGGUGCCGAGUGCCCGUCGUACCAAGUAAGUAGGCUGCGUCAUCAUAUGUGGAACGAACGACGUCACAUAAUUUUCCAGGCGGUGGCAUUUGCUUCCGCGCCGACAAGUCGACCUUGCUUUCGGAUCGACGGCGUGAUCGCGACCAACCCGCCAACGUUUUCGGCGUGGUCAACGGCCAACGUGGCCCGCGCGAUGCUCUCGUAUCAAAGUAUCAGCUUCAACAACCUUUGGAUCGACGGCUUUUACACGCAAUGCACGUUGCUGCUUCGACAACAUAUCCUCCAACACAAAACAGACAUUCCCAUGGUUAUCAUCAACGUGCAAUGUUCCCCGGAAGAGUUUACUCUUGUGAACGAAGAUCCAGGGGUGCGCGCAGUCCAGUUUCGACACCAAGUCGCGUUCGAAGACUUCUUCCGGGCGUUCCUCGAGCACACGCUGCCACGGCUUCCGCUAGUCAGCGACGACGACUCGAACGAGGCUACUUUGAGCGACAGCGACUCGUCCAUCCACAGCCGCAGCCUGACAAACGACGAGCAUGACACGGUUGUUGGUUUCAAACGUCGUCGCAGGGAUGGGGUGGUUGAAACGAGCCCUCUCGGUCAAAACCGUAUCGCAUUCGACGAGUUUUCCAAUGCAAUUUGGACGUCCAUGCCGAAUCGCAUGGCCAGUCCGGUCCGGCAAACCUGUUUGGGGAGGACGAUCGCCGAUGAUUCCGCGCCCGCAGGUCGCUCCCAACAUGCCACGUUCGACACCGUGUCAAAGUACUUUAAAACCGGCAACACCACGGCAACGUCGCAGCAAAAGCCAUGGGACCACAGGCCCAUGAGCUACACCAACCCCUUGUCAAAGUUACAUCCGUGGAUGAAACAACGCUUGUCGGUGCUGGUCCAGAACGCAAGGACGAUUCAAUCUGUGGCCAUUCAGCUUCCGGCGGCGAUGCUCCAGCACCUGGACGUUCUGCAGCAAGUCGACAACAAGUUUAUCCUCGUGCAAUGCAAGGCCCCGCUGUUGCUUUUGUGCAUUGACCAGCACGCCGCCGACGAGCGCGUCAAGCUCGAAGCGCUGGAAAACGCCCACUUGUCGGCGGCGUUCCCGAGCCGAUCGCUCGACAAAUUGCAUGUCCUUGAGCUGAACGAGAUUGAAAAGCAAGUGGUGCGAUGUCACGGCGACUCCAUUCGCCAUUGGGGGUUUGAAGUGGUGGAGGACGGCGACGUGGACAAGUGGUCGCUUGCUCGGGUGCCAGUCGUGGACCAUCGUGAAGCCACCUGCGACGACUUCUUCGAGUACCUGCACCUCUUGGCCACGAUGGCCGCACCAACCCUUCCAAGACCCCCCGCGAUCACUCGGUUUUUGCAUUCCCGAGCUUGCCGAAGUGCCAUUAUGUUUGGAGACCCACUCACUCGAGAAGAAUGCCAAACGCUGAUCCGACAGCUCAGCACGUGUCGGUUGCCAUUUCAAUGUGCCCACGGCAGGCCUUCCAUUGUACCCUUGGUGCAAUUGACUGAAUCGGAUUGAGUCGUCUGGAGUUAACGUUGUUUGGGCUGCCAAGAAUACUACUACUACUACUUUGGAAGGAUUGUACUAACACUUGUGAGGUAGUACUAAUUAAAGUUGACCUAGUGCGCGC